AACUAGAGCUAAAGUUCAGUUAUUAGAUAAGCUGUAUUCAUCUUGAGAAAGCUGAAUAAUUUUGCAUUUAAAUGUUAUCCUUUAUAGCAGAUUGAACCAUCUGUUGCCCGUGUUUCUGGAUGAAGUUUCAAUUAAACUUCGGACAAAUAUAGUAUAUCCACUACCAUUCGGACUUUAUGGAGUAUGUGAGUAAAUAAAUGCAAAUAAUAUUUACAAUUAUUUUAUGAAUAGGUCUAAUAUAUAAAUGAUGACUGGUGUAUGAUAUAAUGAUAAUCGUAAAAAUAAUUAAAAUAUUCAUUAUUUUAACAUUAUAAUGUAAAGAGGAAAAUGCGUAGGAAACUAUUAUAUAAAUACGAAAUAAUAGAUGAUGAUUUAGAUAUGAACCAUUUUGAUUGCAUAGGCCUACACUAGUAUUAUAUAUUAUGAAUUGGAUUCUAUAAAUGUUUUAAUAGCUUGAAGUCUAUCGUUUCAAUAAUAUGUUUGUUUUGUGUUUCUGCUUCAUCGAAGUUGACAUUGUGAAGAGUUUAAUAGAAACAUUACCUGGGAACAAUGAUAUACGAAACAAGUUUAAAAGAUUACCAUUACCAAGUUGUAUAGUUGUGGGAAAUGAUGCUGCUUUGCCUAAAGCCAUUCUCGAUACAUUUGACGUAGUUAUACGUGUGAAUGACCUAAGCCUACCAGAGAGUAGAGUUGAUAACGACUUAGGUGGGAAAACAACCAUCCAACUCGUCAAAUCAAGAGGAUGCUGUCGGAAGCAUCAACGAUUUCAAGUCAACUCAACAAUAGUAUUUGUAGCGUACAGGUCUGUCGAUAUAAAACACAUCGUUGAGAUUGUCAAACGCAGAGUAC